UUUUGGACUUUUGGAGCUGUAGCUACCAACCUGAGGAAAAUUUUUCGAAGCACAUCCGAAAACAUUGCACUACGACAACGUUAUUCGAUUGCCAAAAAGGACGAUCCGGCUUUUUGUCGGUAUUGUUACAAAUUAUUUGUAGAAAGAAGGCAUUUUUUCUAGUAUUUUUGGUUGAUUCAUCCUCGAUUCGAACAUGUUGUUCUACUCGUUUUUCAAAUCGCUGGUCGGCAAAGACGUGGUCGUGGAACUGAAAAACGAUCUCAGUAUUUGUGGGACGCUACAUUCGGUGGAUCAGUACCUGAAUAUCAAACUGACAGAUAUCAGUGUCACAGAUCCUGACAAAUACCCUCACAUGCUGUCUGUCAAAAAUUGCUUCAUCAGAGGAUCUGUGGUCAGGUACGUGCAGUUACCUGGCGAUGAGGUUGACACGCAACUCCUACAAGACGCUGCAAGGAAAGAAGCAGCUACUCAAUCGCGAUAGUAAAUUAUAGUAUAGUUGGUUAUUAUUUAGGCUAGAUGAUUUUGAUACAACAGACCACAAGACAAAGUACUAUUUUUUUUUAACCAUUGAAACCAAAUUACAAAUUAUACACUGUGUCAUACUGUGAGCAUAAAUAAAGGUAAAUUAUUUUUCACAUAAA